CAGAAGAGAAAGCAAAAGCCGCACGCCGGCUCGGUGCCGCCCGGCCGGGCAUCCGCGGAGCUGCGCGGGGCUGAGCGCCGCGGCCAUGGCCCGGGAGAACGGGGACGGUGGCGGCUCCUGGAAGAAGCAAGCGGAGGACAUCAAGAAGAUCUUCGAGUUCAAGGAGACGCUGGGGACGGGUGCAUUCUCUGAAGUUGUUUUGGCUGAAGAGAGAGCGAGUGGGAAACUCUUUGCAGUCAAGUGCAUUCCCAAGAAGGCACUGAAGGGAAAGGAAAGCAGCAUAGAGAAUGAAAUCGCAGUCCUGAGAAAGAUCAAGCAUGAAAAUAUAGUUGCCCUGGAAGACAUCUAUGAGAGUCCGAACCAUUUAUAUCUGGUCAUGCAAUUAGUGUCUGGGGGAGAGCUUUUUGACCGCAUUGUUGAGAAAGGGUUCUACACUGAGAAGGACGCCAGCACCCUGAUCCGGCAGGUCCUGGAUGCUGUCUACUACCUGCACCGAAUGGGCAUUGUGCACAGGGACCUCAAGCCCGAGAACUUGCUUUACUACAGCCAGGAUGAAGAGUCAAAAAUCAUGAUCAGUGACUUUGGAUUGUCAAAGAUGGAGGGUAAAGGAGAUGUGAUGUCAACAGCCUGCGGGACUCCUGGCUAUGUUGCUCCUGAAGUGCUGGCCCAGAAACCCUACAGCAAAGCCGUGGACUGCUGGUCCAUCGGGGUCAUCGCAUAUAUCCUGCUCUGUGGGUAUCCCCCUUUCUAUGAUGAAAACGACUCCAAACUCUUCGAGCAGAUCCUUAAGGCGGAGUAUGAGUUUGACUCUCCAUAUUGGGAUGACAUCUCCGAGUCUGCUAAAGACUUCAUUCGGAAUUUGAUGGAGAAGGACCCUAAUAAAAGAUACACCUGUGAGCAAGCAGCGCGGCACCCUUGGAUUGCUGGUGAUACAGCACUCAACAAAAACAUCCACGAGUCGGUCAGCGCUCAGAUCCGGAAGAACUUUGCAAAAAGCAAAUGGAGACAAGCAUUUAAUGCCACAGCGGUCGUGCGACACAUGAGACGGUUACACCUCGGCAGCAGCCUGGACAGCGCGAGCGCCAGCGUGUCGAGCACCCUCAGCCUCGCCGCACCGCUUCCCGACGCAGCCACGCGGAAAGAUUAGUCACAGAGGCCAUCUCUGAUGCCAACAGCAGUGCUCUUGCUGGGAAAACAAAAAAAAAUCCAGAAAACCUCCAGCUGGCCCCUUAACCUGCAGAAGAAGUUGUGAGGACAGGCUGCCCAUGAACUCUGCGAGCUGAAAGUCAGUAUUGCAGUGGCAGGGGCUUCUGCUGCUGAUUUUGCAUGUGACUUCAUUCCCAGUGCAUCCUAACUUUCUGCUGGAUCACCCCUUCUGCAGCACGAAAUGGAUAUUGGCCCUGCAGCACGGCUAGUGGGGAAGUAGGAGUACGGGGAAAACCUGGCAGAGAUGCUUUCCUGAGACUGUGUUACUCCGCUGGUGAUAUCUCUUCUGUUCUGGUUGCUAUUGUACAGGUGCCAUCAGAGUAGUGGGCGCAGAAAAAAAAAGUAGGAUUUUACCUAUGCCUUGUGUGUCUGUUAUGGUUGUGGUGCCGAAAUAAAACCAAGCAAUGAUAGAGGUUCUUUCCUGAUAUGAAUCAAACCACAAAAAGGAGUGUCAGCCCACUGGCAGACAUCUCCAUAUAGUUCUGCAGUAGGCAUUAGAUAGGGGUUUCUGCUGUGCAUGUGUCCUCCAUACCUUCAUGGCUAUUGACAGUAUUUUUUCUAUAACCAGUUCUUCUUCUGGGCCCCUGCCCAGCCCUGAGGGACUUCAGGGCUUGUCCAAAGCUUUUCCCAGGCCUGGGAGCCAACACGGCCCCUGAUCUCUGGCUUUUCUCCCCAAACCCUCUGCAAACCAGAGCAUGGACCUCCAAGGUGCCCAAGAAAUACAGCGGUAGCUGGCCCCAAGGCUGCCCCUUCCUUAAGUGUGACCCUAUUUUUAGUGAAACAAGCCCCCAGGGAAAGCCAGAUAGCUUUCAUCCAUCGGUGAGUGGGGACAAUAUUGUCCUUUGAUGUGAACUUGGCAUUAACUAGAUCAGAUGUAGGGAAACCUGUGCUGUUAUUGCCCCCUGUGAUAACAGCUCCAGCCCUGAGCAGCGCUGGGUGAGCACUGCAUAAAAACACCAGAUUGACUUUGCCAACAAGAUCAUGCAGACUGUAGCCUGUUGCUUUUGCUCUUUCCAAAGAG